AUGACUGAGGAUGUUCCUGAGAUGAGUGUGAUGACUAAGGAUGUUCCUGGGAUGAGUGCGGACGUACCUGCACCUGGUGCAGAGGGCUCAACUGGUGACGGUGUUAAGGGAUCAGCUGCUGAUGAUGCUGAGGAAUUCCCAGGUGGUCACGAACGUCUUGAAUUGAAGUUGGUCUCCCACGGAAGGAAGGUUGAGAAAUUUGGGAGGCUAGCGCCUGAGAUUGAAGGGCUAAUCGUUGCCACAGGAUUAACUCCUUUGAUCGCGUGUUCAUUGACCAUCACACUGGAUGAUGUGGUGUCACUCCUCCAUCUGCCGAUCACAGGCGCCUUCCACAGCUUCGAGCCUCUACUUGUGGACGAGGCGGUCAUCAUGUUGGUGGAGUUGCUUGAGGUCUCGGGUAAGGAGGCUAGAGCUGAGACUGUACGGUGUCAUGGGGCAUAUGUACGCCUGCCAUGGCUACAGGAUAUCAAUCAGACGAAAUGCGAGGCCCGACAGUGGAUUGUUGCAGCUCGUGCUUAUUUGCUACACUUGAGUGUGAGCUAUGCCUGGGGAGCUGCCACGCUGGUGCAUAUGUAUGACCAGUUAAAUGAAGCUUCUCAGAGCACUACACGACAGAUUGUUGGGUACCUUACUUUAUUACAGUGUUGGAUAUAUAAGCACUUUCCCAGUGUGCAUGACUGCGUCACUGAUGAUGGCUAUGAUGAGAUGUCCCCACGUGCCUGCCGAUGGCUUACUACAAAGGCUUAUAUGAAGGGAUUACCAUCAUUGUUGUACCAGACAUGUUUAGAUGCUUUGAUGAUCACUAACGUGUGUUGGAUGCCUUAUGGUGACCACCGAGGUGUUAGGGCGUUUGACCGCAUUUCAUGCUUCCAAGGUCAGCUUAGAUAG